GUGUUUUAUUUAUAGUGGGGAAUUCAUGUACUUUGGUACUCCUUUCUCUUUAUCUCUGUCCCAAGCGUUUGCUACUCUUUCCUUUCCCUUUCCUUUUCCUUUUCCUUUCCUUUCCCUUCCAAUCCAUGGCAGGAGAAGACCCCGCCUGUGACAAAAACAUUGCAAAAAAAAAUGCCUUCAUUAACCACAAAAACGGAUCACAGGAUUUCAAAGACGCCACGAUUACGAGCCCGGCGGUUGAAUCUGCCUUCUUAAACAUUGGAUCAGGCCACCAAGUUUUCAGUGGCUCAAAGAUUGAAUGUGGUCCAUCUAUUUGGGACAAAUUCAAACGCCUUGGGAUAUCUUCGCUUUUCAACUACGACGGAAGCAAAACCAAGAAAUACAGUGAUUUUCCAGAGCAUCUACCCGCGGAAUUGACGCAAAAUAUUCCUGCCAAAGAAGAGGGAAACUCUGUUGAGGUGAAGAAAAAGUCUUCAACCAAUCCGAAGUCCAAUCCCAAACCUUCUUCCAAAAAACCAUGAGUGAGGAAAAGUUAUAGGUUUUUGUGUCAUGCUCCUUCAAUUACAUGUAUUAAUUAUGACUAUCAUAAUAAAAACUCGUGUCUUAAUUAUAAUUAGAAGUUUUCUUGAUCUAUGUAAUUUCUUAAAACAAUUAAUAACUUGCAACUUUCAUAUUUU